GUAAACACUUUGUUGCCACCUAUGCAACAUGCACUGUCUUCAAAACUCACAUCAACAGUUCAACACUACCAGUUUCCUUUGAUUUCACAGGCACUUCCUCCUUCACUUCUUUGUCUCUCUCUCUGCACUUCUCUGUUCAACUAUACCCCAUUUCCAUGCAGUGCAAUGAUCCUAUGAUGAAUUACAUCCACCAAACACUAUGGAACUUUUGAACAUGUAAUUAGAAAAGAGGAGAUCACUCAAUUUAAUGAUUGAUGGCACUAAUCUCUGAGCUUUUGGCUAGUGUAAUGAUAUUGGUGACAAGGGGUUUCUCUAUGCUUAAGGAGGCAUGCUUGUUUCCUAUCAGAAUUGGAUUAGUUGUCAUUUACACUUGGACAGAGUUGAUUAGGACUGCAAUAAUCUUUAAUGUGAACAUAGUAUUGGGAAUUAUCUCAUGGACAAUUGGACUUAUCUUCUUACCUGUAAGAGCUGUGAAUGCCAUUCAAAGGGAGAGACAGUUGGAACAACAACUACAUCGAAUGCAGACCGAGAUGGAGAAUCUAGAAUGGAAGCAGAACAAACUUCAAGAACGGUUUCAAAUGGCACUCAAAGAGUGCAAAAUGAUGGAGAUGCUACUAGCAGAACUUGAAGAGGAACAUGAUAUGGCCGUCGCAAAAAUUGAAAACUUAGAGGGAAAGUUGAGGGGUCAGAUAAACGAAAAUCUCCGGCUUAAAGAAAUUCAAGGAAAGGGAUACUGGAACUCCAAAGAUCAAAACAUUGACAAUGACCGAAAGAUUGAAAAAACAAACAAUGGCAUUCCUCCUCCUAACCUGCCAUGGAAAUCCGGUAACAGCGAAAAUGAAGUUUCCCUUAAGGAUCUUCUGAUGCACAAAGAUAUGUGGGAAGACGAGGACAAAACUCGAAUUGAGUUGCUUAAACUCUUGAAAACAGGACAAAAAUCAGCACCUGCUAAUUCCGCUGCUAAACCGGAACCAAUCUCAAAAGACAUAGAAGUGAGUGAAGUACUUGAUCAUCACCGAUAUGUUGCCAUUUCGCAAUCAAUUUUCAGUGCGGUUUUGUCACUUAUAGUUGGAGUAACUGUUUGGGAAGCUGAUGACCCUUGCAUGCCUCUUAUUGUAGCUCUCUUUGCUGUAGUAGGCAUGUCUUUGAAGAGUGUUGUGCAGUUUUUCUUCAGCAUUAAAAAUAAACCUGCUUCUGAUGCAGUUGCUCUUUUAAGCUUCAACUGGUUCAUUCUUGGUACUUUAACCUACCCUACUCUACCAAGGGUUGCACCUAUGUUGGCUCCACUAGUAUUACGUUUUUUAGACCAAACCAUGACACGGUUUGGUCUCUUAUCUUUGGUUUGAUAUUUUUUUUUUUCCCUUUAUGGUUUGUGUUUUAUUAUGUGUACUAUAAUGUGAAAUUAGUCUCUUUUUGUGGUGUAUAAGUGUAUUGUUCAUACUGUUUCUAAAAUAUGAGGAGUCUGUGUAAUUGAUUGUCUGUGUUGAUACUGUUA